AGAGUUCCUCAGUCUCCAGAAAGCAGCGGUGAGUUCUAGAUCAAUGCCACUGUCGCAGAGCUUGUGACGGGAGAUCGCUGCUGAACUGUGUAGGUCACGGGACACUGGGAGGUGGGAAUCCUGAAUGAAGGAGCGCAGGGGAGGAGGCCUUAAUAUCCUGGAAGACAGGAGAUGUGUGCUGUUUUAAGGACUUUGAAAAAGCCCCGGGGUGAAUGAGGAAUCUCGGACGACUCCAAGGUUUCGUGGAGCAGACGGCAGCAAACGCUGACCCUUUCAGAAGAGGGACGGAGGACACCUGAGUAAAAGGCAAACAUUGGCUUUAUCUGGAGGAGAAGAAGAACCGAAAGAAAUCCAAAGACUGGGGAGGUGAUAACAGAAGCAACCAUGAGGGGUGUAACAUGGAGCAUGGCCAUCAUGCUCUGCCUCUCCAUCUGUUUGGUUGACAAGAGUCACUCAGAACAUGAACUGCAGACAAGACGACGCCGGGCACCUGCAGACGAUCCCAAGAGGUGUUCCUACACUUUCUUGGUCCCCCAGCAGAAGAUCACAGGUCCGAUCUGCGCCUCCGCCACAGGGCCUGAGGUAGACAAGGAUAGGGUGACACGUAUGGACAUUGCUGACGUGCGGGAUAUCUUAUCAAAGCAGCGAAGAGAGAUUGAAACGCUCCAACUUGUGGCAGAUGUGGAUGGGAACUUGGUUAACGAGAUGAAGCUUUUACGCAAAGAGUCCCGUAACAUGAAUUCCCGGGUGACGCAACUUUACAUGCAGCUGUUGCACGAGAUUAUCCGUAAAAGGGACAACUCCCUGGAGUUGGUGCAGUUGGAGAAUCGGGUUCUAAACGUCACAACGGAGAUGUUCCGCCUAGCAUCCCGAUACAAAGAGCUGGAGCUGCGUUUCGCAGGCCUUGCCGCCACAGUCAACAACCAAUCGGUAUUGAUCGCUGCUCUGGAGGAACGGUGUCUUCGUGGAUAUGGCCGUCAAGAUUUGCCGGCGGUUCCGCCAUUGGUGCAGGUGGUGCCAGAGAGCAUUCCGACCAACAAUAAUCGUUUUACCAAUGAGAUUCAGAGAGACAACAACAACCGGGCUUUUCCUAGAGGAUCCCGAAUGGAUGCUCCAACGCCUGACCCGCUGGGAAUCCCACCAGCCCCGCAGGGCACUCUCACCACAGAUGGUCCCUUCAAAGAUUGUUUUCAGGUGCGACAGGCGGGGCACACCACCAGUGGCAUGUAUCUUUUAAAGGCCGAUGGCAGCGAUAGACUGAUUCAGGCUUGGUGCGAGCAUAAAUUAGACAAUGGAGGCUGGACCGUUUUUCAGCGAAGGAAAGAUGGUUCAGUGAACUUCUUCAGAAACUGGGAAAACUACAAGAAAGGAUUUGGAAACAUAGAUGGAGAGCACUGGCUGGGCUUGGACAACAUCUAUAAUCUAGCCAAGCAAGGGGAUUACAAACUGCUGGUAGAGGUGGAGGACUGGGUUGGGAAGAAGGUGUACGCGGAGUACAGCAGCUUCCACCUGGAGUCUGAGAGCGAGGGAUUUAGGAUGAGACUGGGCACCUACCAGGGCAAUGCUGGAGACUCACUCACAAGCAACAACGGAAAACCCUUCACUACACUCGACCGGGAUAAAGACGCCUUUACAGGCAACUGCGCUCAUUUCCACAAAGGUGGCUGGUGGUACAACGCAUGUGGUCAAACAAAUCUGAACGGCGUGUGGUACUCGGGUGGCGUGUAUCGCAGCAAGUUUCAGGAUGGAAUCUUCUGGGCCGAGUAUGGAGGGGGGUUCUACUCACUCAGAUCGGUCCGUAUGAUGAUCCGGCCAAUAGACUGAGAUCUGCCACAAGAUGCCCCACUCUUUAACAGAUGACCCCAAAUGAGUCCAAAACCCUUGAAUGUACUCAUAAUUCACUUCAGCACUUAUUUAUAACCACACAAUCAUUUUUAUGAGGAACGAUUAUGUAUAGCGCAGUAUAGUCACCAUGGGUACAAAACAAUGUACCGAUAAAAAAUCAUAAAAGCCUACGUAUGAUGGAGUGAAAGGACUUAAGACUGACUCUUACAAACGUCCUCUUGGACACAUCUUGGAAACCGAUGGCCUCACACAAAGAUCACACUCUUAAACUCAUAGUUGGAGUCGGACAAUAGGGUCAUGGUGAACUUUAGCAUCUUCUGGUCCUCUCCAACCCUUCCAUUUACUCUCAUCUUGUUUUACUGUCCUUGUCCAACAUUGCCCUUUCUCUUCAUCUUUAUUGGUGAUUUAUUCCAUCUGACUCUUCCUCUUUUUUGAAUCUUGGACAGAUGACACCUAAGCCUCAAAGGCUUCAAUUUAAAGAUCUUCAACAAUUUCUUUAUUUCUAUCACACACUUCACUGAGGUGUAUAUGUUACAAACAGGACAGGCUCUGGGCCAUACAGUUUGUUGACUUUUAUCCGUAAUGUUGGUCUGUAAAUAUACUGUUUGUAUUGUUUGUUUUUGUAAGAGCUUAUUUAAGGACUCACCUCCAAUCCACUCUAAUUCAUUUGUUAUUUAUACAUCUGUAUUUAUGACAGUUAUAAUAGUACAGUCAUCUAUUUAACCCAGAUUUUGAUGUACCAUUGUGCUUUUAACAUGUAUUAUAUUUGGCUUCAGGCCUGUAACAACCAAGGAAUUGGAAGGGGACAUGCAUAAUCUGAAACAAAAGUUUAACAUUUGGUUCUGCCAAUUCAUAAACAUGCAAAAUCGAAAAAAAAAACAUAAUACACAUCAUUAAUUUCUAGAUUUGUUACAACUAAACCCAGACACACAAACACUUAUUUCCAACUGAUGUACUUUCAUUGACAGCCCGUGAGCACACUCACUGCAAAUGUUGUUUUUUUAUCUAAAAAUAAAAAAUAGUUAUAUUA